CUGUUGGGCGUUUCUCCGCGAUUUUAUGCUCGACUUCCAUCGUCACGACUUUCAAGAAGUCUAGGAAAUCUUUCAACCCUUCAUCAUUGUUUUCCUCUGUUGAAGAGACAUUGUGUCAUGUCAUUCAUUGAUGAUCCAGAACUGCGAGCCAAGGUACUCAGCCUAGCCGCACAAGCGGAUCGUGGUCAAGGCAGGUCCUUAGACGAGCUUAUUGCUAGCGAUGGCUCAGUAAGGGGCCAGGAAGCCCAACGCUUGCGUAACUUCUACACCUCAGAAUGUAUGGAACCUGGCCGUGAUCUGGAUUUCUAUGGUCGUCUCCUUUUCAUGGGCAACCUCGAAGCCGUGAAGGAUGAUUUUCAUAAUCGAGUGACAAGCCAUAGGUCUAGCUCAUCUUUUGACGAGGAAGCUCGAAAGAAAGCGGCAGACGAGCUAUAUUCGCUCAAAUGGGGGCCGACACGUGUUCCAAUUUACCAACUCUUAUACUUCGCAGGUGCCAUUUACCCGGAAAACCGUCAGAAGCAGUUGCAGGUGAUGAGGUGGCUCAUCGACGAAGCUAAGGUUUCAGUGGAUGGACGAGAUUUGUUGGGCUCGACAGCGAUACAUCUUACGCUUUCCACGAAACCUGGGUUCGACCCAGAAAUUGCUCAGAUUCUCUACGAUGGUGGUGCUGACGUGAACCUUCGGAACCGGCCUGGCGCCAACGCGGCGCACGAAUCGACCAUGAUUUUGGAACCGAACAUCGUGGAGAAGGGCCAGACGGCAGCUAAAGCUGUCGAUUGGUUCCUUACGCACGGAGGGAACUUGGAUAUUAAAGACAACAAUGGGGGUACUGCGCGGAGCAAUAUUAACCUCUUACGCAAAAUGCCAAAACAGUACCAGAAGACUUUCGCACCGCUUUAUUCUGUUGUCGAGCGUGCGGAUAAACGACGCAAGGAACUUGGUGAUACGUGUUGCACACUUUGUGGCACCGUCCCAAACGGGGCAGCGAAACUCUUGUUCUGUUCCAGGUGUAAGGUCGCGAGGUACUGUGCACCUCCAAAAACCUGUCAGAAACUCGAUUGGCCGAAUCAUAAAGAGCCCUGUGCGAAGGUGGCGAAAGCGUUGGAUACAGCUAAUCCACCGAAGAGGGCAAUGAAGUAGCUCAGUGUUCGUGUAUUUCCUCUCGUUACGUAUCGUGUUGACUAGCGGAUAGCUGAUUCGAUCCUCGUAACGAGUAGGUGAACGGAUAAGAGUGUAGUCUCCCUCGAGCCUGGCUCAUUGACCGAGCAGAUGUCACCACGAGGGCUAGCGUCUCUUAAAGCUUGCUACAGUUCAUUGUCACGCUAAUUCAAAGUCAGAGAGACAACAUUGGGACUUAGAUACUUUCAUCAUGCUACCUAGAAUAUGCUCAGAGUCAAUGAAUCUGCAUCUUCGCCUUUCGAGCGAAGGACAUGGACUAGCUGAGCACUUGGUGAGCCUAUCUUCCUUGGCUUUAACCUUUAAAU